AUGCAAUGGGUUAUUUCUUUUCAUCUUUAUGAGCUAAAAUUUUUCCUAAUGAAUCAUUAUUCACAUAUUAAAAAUAAUAAAAAAAUAUUUUAUACACCAAUCAAGGAUCUAAAUGAAUUUGAAAACCUUGCAUUUUACGAUCAUCAGCUUUAUGUUCAUGCGUUUAAUGGCAGUAUAGGCGCUCCAGUUCAUGAAAAACUGCGAACUGGUGCUAAAGUAUUAGAAUUUGGUAAUUUAACUAUUUCCAUUUAUGAAGAUGUUGAUUUUACCACGAAAAAUUCUAUUGAAAUUAUUACAUUUAUUGAUUAUGAUAUUAAUCAAAAACUACCAUUUCCUGAUAAUGAAUUUGAUUAUAUUUUUUCUAGAAAUAAAACAAAUUUUUUUACAAAGGAUAAUUUUCAAGGAUUUUUAUUUGAGACCCUUAGAGUAUUAAAACCAGGUGGUUGGUUAGAAGUAAAGGUUGGGCAUACAGUUCGUAAUAAUGAAUUUGUUCGUGGACCAGCCCUCACACUAUUAGAUAACGCAUAUACUUCGUGGCAUGAGAAAUAUGGAUUUGACCCUGAUCUAAUAUUAAACUUAGAAGAUCACCUUCAAAUGAUUGGAAAAACCGAAUCUAUAUCAUCUCAAACAAUAGACUUCAUAACUAGAAACGAUCAUUUUGGAGAGUUUUCUCAUGAAGUUUUUACAUACCAUGUAAAACUUUUGAAAGAAUCUAUUGCUCCUAUUAUGGGAAUUUCACUUGAAGAAUAUGACCGCUUGGUAGAAGAAAGUGAAAAUGAAAUAAAAAAACGAAGUGGCGAAAAUUUUUUUACACACAAAAAAGUACUUGCAAGAAAGAAAGAUAUGGGCAUUCUUAAGGAUGCUUAA